GAUGGGAGAAAAGAAAGUUGAUAGAUUUGUAUUCAAAAUAAGUGACAAGGUUGGUUAAGGAUCUUAUGGACAAGUAUUUGUACUAUGUUAUUUUAGGUCUUUAAAGGUUAAGAUGAAAAAACUAAAGAAUGGGUAGCCAUUAAGAUGGUUUCAAAAGCAAUGAUUAAUGAAGAUGAAUAUUUAAGAGAUGGUUUAAUGAAUGAAAUUAAAAUAAUGAGAGAUUUAUAGGGUAACAAUGUAGUUAGGUUUAUUGAUGUUCUUGAAACACAGAAUAAUUACUAUAUUGUCUAAGAAUUUUGUGAUGGUGGAGAUUUGCAACAGUAGUACUUAAACUAAAUUUAGUCAAUUGAAAAAGAAGAAGUUUUUACCUCAGAAAGAAGCAAUGCAGUUAUUCAUUGACGUACUAUUAGGCAUGAUUGAAUUGGUUAAGAAGGGAAUCAUUCAUAGAGAUUUGAAGCCAGCAAAUAUCCUCAUAAACAAGGGGAUUUAUAAAAUAGCGGGUACCAUAAGUCAACACUCUUUUUAGAUUUCGGAUUUUCGAAAGCCAUUGAUAACUUUAGGAAAUAAAUGAUAGAAUCUAUUGUUGGUACACCUCUCUAUUAAUCACUCUAAUUGCUGAAAGCAGAAAAAUAUACAUCUAAGAGUGAUAUUUGGUCUUUAGGCUUUAUCUUUUAUGAGACUCUGUUUGGCCAGAGUAAUUCAGUUUAGUAUUAUUCUCUUAGCUCCUUGGGUAGCCAGAUCAAUUCCUGACUUAAUAAAAAAUAUUACUACUGUUCCUUUGAAAUUCCCAUAGGAUAAAAAUAUUGACCCAUAAAUUUUAGAUAUGUUAAGUGGCUGUUUACGUUUGUAAGAAUAGGACAGAUUGGGUUGGGAUCAAUUAUAUAGACAUCCUUGUUUUGGAUAAAGUUUCUCUUUUUAUACAAAUCAAGCAAAAUAGUUGGAAGACAAAGCAAUGUUUUUGGUGUAAGAUUUAAGAUUUAAAGUUAUGAAAGAUAAGAUUGAUUUGGAAAAGGUAUUUAACAAAUAUGACCAAUCUGGAGAUAACUCACUUGAUAUGAAAGAGUAUUGUGAGUAAUUUUAUUAGAUUAACUUUGUUAUUGCAUGAGAUAGACCCUAAAUUGGAGAGAGAAGAGAUCGAAUUCAUAUUCAAUAAAAUAGAUUUGGAUGGGAGUAACUCUAUUGAAUUGAAUGAGUUUAAAAAAUGGUUAGAAGAAAAUUAAGUCUAAAUGUCCAUGAGAAUCUAGUCUAAACCAAAUAUUUAAAGAAAAGCAACUGUAGAAAUGCCAAAGGUUUAUCCUAAUAAUUCAGAAUAAAUUAUUCCAGAAUUUGAUGGUUCAUAGAGUUAAUAAAUGAUAUCUCCAUAAUAAUAAUAAUAAUAAUAAUAAUAAUAAUAAUAAUAAUAAUAAUUUUCAAAAUAAUAUUCAAAUUAAUAAUCUUUAUAAUAAUAUCCAUAAUUAUAGUAAUAACAAUUAUCAUAAUAAUAAUAAUAUACACCUUAAAUUUAAUAAUAAUAUCCAUAAUAACAUUAUUCAUAAUAAUUUUAAUAUCAAUAUCCUCCUUAAUAAUAAGGUAUGUCUGCCUCUUAAUAAAAUUAUCCAAUUUAACCUCAACCACCCUAUCCUCAAAUGAAUAAUUCAUAAUAAUACAAUUAAGGUUAUCAGUAACCUCCGGCAUAUGUGCCUAAUCAUUAACCUCCACUACCCCAAACUUUAGCUUAAGAAAGAGCUAUGCUGACUAUCUAAAAAUUGGUUAUUGCUAUUGAGAAAUAUAAAAUUAACAUUUUUGAACUAUUUAGAAAGUAUGAUAAAACUGACUCAUAAACAUUGGAUAUGAUUGAGUUUGGAGUUAUGCUUAGGUAUUCAAAUUAAAAUUAAUCUUUUACCAUAGGAAAAUUGAUAGUUAAUUAACAGAUCAAGAUAUUAGUCAGGCAUUUUGGAUUUUUGAUGUUGACAGAAGCCAAGAAAUCACUUUCAAAGAAUUUCAAGAUGGAAUUCUUUUAUACUUAAAUCAAUGGAGAGCCCAAGUUAAUUAAUAAAACAAUGUUGGUUACCAAUAUUAAAAAUAUUGA